UAUUAGAAUUUUCUCUUUAUUUUGUUUAUCAUUUUUUCAAUUUAUCAUUCUCAUUAAUUCGGCUAAACCUUCGAUAAUGAUACAAUUACCAUCAGAAAUUCGACUUAGAGAAAAUGUUUCAUACAUUUUACAAUGUCCAGUCGUUUCUGAUUCGAAACCAAUAUUCUUCGAAUGGCUUAAAAAUGGCCAGCCACUUCAAUUAUCUAAUUUUGAUCAAUAUAAAAUUGACCACUAUGAUACAUGGUCAACAUUGACCUUUAAACAUUUAACAACAAACGAUCAGGCAACGUAUACAUGUCGUGUAAAAAACGUUGAAGGCAUUGAUACUACUAGUACCAAACUGCUUGUACAAGGUUUGUUUAAAAAGAAUUGUGCAAAAAUGAAUUUCUUCCAUAUUGAAUUGUUAAUUUUAUGUUGUUUAUGGUUUCAUUUUGACCAUCUUGUUGCAUCAUCAAAUGAUCCACCAGUUAUUUCCCGAAUAGUUUCAACACAUAUGAGUCAAUCCCAGGACUCAAUGUUGAAUUUAAUGUGUCCAAUUUCUAGUGGUUCACAACCAAUCACAUUCAAAUGGUUUAAAGAUAAUAUUGAAAUUAAACAUGCAAAUCAACGUGGAUCGAUCGACAAUAAGCCUUCAUUUUCCGUGUUGAUAAUACCGGAAUUAGAAUUGAAAGAUUCUGGAAAUUAUUCCUGUGUAGUUAGUAAUGCUUAUGGUAUCGAUGUUCAAUGGACAUUUCUUCAAGUUAAAGCAUCUGCAGGUUCUCCAAAGUUAUUUGAACUACCCAAACGUAUUGAAUUGCAAGAAAAUUUUGAUUAUACUUUUACUUGUAAUCUACUUUCAGGCAUAAAGCCUGUUACAUUUUAUUGGUUAAAAAAUGAUCAUAAAAUUUCCGGAAAACAUUCUCAAAUGGAUCAAUCUUCUUUUUCAUCGUUAAUAUUGAAAGAAAUAAAACGAAAUGAUUCUGCCAAAUAUACGUGUACGGUACAGAAUCAAUUCGGUAUGGAUUCUACAUCGAUCGAAUUAUUUGUUCAAGUUCCACCUAGCUGGAUCAAAGAACCAAAAGAUGUUAAUCUACGUAUGGGUGAAGAAUAUUCUGUGGAAUGUUUAGCCGAUGGACUGCCCAAACCGAAAAUCAAAUGGUUAACACCUUCGGGUAAAACAAUUGAAAAUGAGAUUCUUGAUUUGAGUAAAUUGAUUAAAAAUGAAAAAAAUGGCCGACAAACAUUAACAUUCGAAUGCGUGGCUGAUAAUGGUAUUGGUGAGGCAUUACGAAAAUCGAUAACCAUCUCUUAUAAUGUACCGGCGAGAUUCGAUGAAAAAUAUAGCUCAAUACAAGCGAAAAAAGGUGAUAUAAUUGUAUUGAAAUGUAAUGCUACUGGGGAUCGACCAAUCACAAUACGAUGGACAAAGGAUGGAAUGAAAUUGGAUCGUUUAAGUCACCAUCAUCAUUAUGAAAUGAAUGAUUUUCCAACUAGUUAUGGUGUGAUUUCAGAAUUAUCAAUUCGCUCGGUACAGAAGACUGAUGGUGCAAUCUAUAAAUGUGAUGCUGAAAAUGAACAUGGUCGUGAUGAUCGCACAAUUAAAUUGUUGGUUGUUGAAGAACCAAGUUCACCUGUUAAUGUUAAAAUCAAUGAAGUAUGGUCACGUUCAGCUAGUGUUUCAUGGCGUCAUCUUCAAAAUGGUAAUUCCCCUGUAACAAGAUAUUUGAUACAAUAUUGGCGUCGACAAAAUGCACCACAUCGUUUGAAUGAAGUUAAUGUUAGCAGUUCGCAAACAUCAUUUUUGAUUAAAAAUCUUUCACCUGGAUUAUCAUAUGAAUUGUCCGUUAUUGCUGAAAAUGAAGUUGGACGUAGUGAACCAUCGGAAACGGUGCCAUUCUUUACUGGUGAGGAAGAACCAAGUGCACCACCAAAUGAUAUAAAUGUUGAGCCAAAAGGUCCGACAACAAUAAGAAUUACAUGGCGUGCACCGCCAAAAGAAUUUUGGAAUGGACUGAUUAAAGGUUAUUAUGUUGGUUUCCGAAAAGCCGAAGAUUCAAACCAGGCUUAUACAUUAAAAUCUAUUGAUUCAAAAUAUACGGAGGCUAAUCAAAUUGAAAAUGAAGUUUAUGAAUAUUUUCUACGUGAUCUUUCACGUGGAACAGAAUAUGAAAUUGUUAUUAAAGCAUAUAAUAUGGCCGGCAGUGGACCACAAUCGCAUGUAUUAUUGGCACGUACAUUGGAUGGUGAUCUACCACCAGCGCAACAUCUCAUUGCAACCGAAACAACAACCAAUUCCAUUUCACUACGUUGGCAUCAACGUGAUAAUCGUGAUUCAAUAACACCAAUCAUCAGUUAUACAUUACAAUAUCAGAAAGAAGGUGAACCAAAAUGGCAUGAAAUUCCAUUCAGUACAUUGGCUACAUCGUCACCAUCAAUCAUGGAACAAUCAUCAUCAACGAUGCCAAUCUAUACAUACACUUUAUCUAAUCUAGAAAGUGGUGUGCAUUAUCGUAUAUUUGUUACCGCUGUUAAUCGUUUUGGUUUUUCUGAUCCAAGCAAUAUUGUCUUUACCAAAACCAUUGGAGAACGAUUAAAUUUUCAAGGAAAAUUAAUGAAUCAUCUUUAUUAUGAAAAUCCCUAUUAUAUGCAACCAGAAUUUACUAUUCCAAUUAUCACUGCAUUUGUAAUCGUAUUCAUCAUAAUGGUUGUUGCCUAUGUUUGUGUACGUCGGGCUAAACAUCGUGCUGCUGCAAAUAGUCUCAUACUGGAUAGUGCAACAUUAAGUAAACAAUUUACCGGGUAUAGUACCGGUCCUAGAUAUGCUGAUUUUGAUAAAGUUAGUGGUAAACCAUUGAUUAUGACCGAACAAGGUAAUAUAUUUCCAGCUGCAUAUGCAACAAUGCCAAUGGAUGAAAAUAUGCAGCCAUGGACAGGAGAAAUGAAAAAAGAUUCACAUAUUUAUGAUCAUCCACAAUAAUCCAAACAAAAUUGACUAUCAUCGUUUUUGGCUUUCAAAC